AUUGACAUUUGUUUGACAGAAUUACAAAAGCAAAUUUUAUCAUUUAUUCGUUGACCAAAUUAUUAACACUGCGUAUUUAAAGGUAGAAUUAUUCAACAUUCCGGUUUUGUUUAUCGAUACCUAAAGUUUUCUAUCACAUUCUUGAAAUAGCUUUAGAUUUUAGCGGUGUCCAUUGGAGUCGAAUUUUUCGAGUAGUUCGCUGUAAAAAUAUUUGUAAUUUAUAGUGAUUCAUUGUUUCAUUGGCUACAACACAGUAGGUUUAUUUACGGUGCAGGGGAAAUUAUUGUGCCACAUUUUAAAACAAGAACAAGUUUCGCAUUGCAUCAUUUUAAAGUAUCAAAAUGUCUGAACGGGAACCUAUCAGUGGUUCGAGUCGUGACUAUGGGUCGACAGCAGCGCCACCUACCGUGGGCUUCGCAGAUUUCAGCCCCACUGAACUGUAUAACUUGAGUGAGGCUAUAGCCGACAAUAUAAACGCUAUUAACAGUGGUCUCCGAUCAUUGGAGAAGAUGAUGAAGCAAAUUGGUGGUCCUAAUGAUAGUGUUCAGUUGAGAGAUAAGAUUCAUGAUUCUCAGCAGAAUGUCAACGGGUCAGUAUCAGCAACUGCUAGAGAUAUCCAGCGGUUAGGUGUGAUAGUGCGGAGAGGGGAUAAGCCACAGAAGUUGCAAGUGGAAAGGCUGACGCAGGCUUUCAGAGAUGCAUUGGAAAAAUAUACAACUGUACAGAAGCAAGUAUCAGAGAAGAUGGCGGCGUACAUGCCCUCUCAGCCUCGAGUGAGAAACGACCCUCGACUUCUGGAGCAGCAGGCAGCCGCUGAUGAUGAGGAGGCCGCGCUCCUCGACAACCAGCAGGCACAGGCGCGCCUGGUGCAGUUCGAGACGAGCAUGUUGCUGGAGCGCGAGGCGCAGCUCAGUAAGAUAGAGGCGGACGUGCUCGACGUCAACCAGAUCAUGCAGGACCUGGCGGAGAUGGUCAGCGCGCAGGGGCAGGCCGUCGACACGGUGGAGAGCCACAUCUCGGCCGCGGGCGCCAGCGUGGAGGCGGGGGUGGAGGAGCUGGCGAAGGCGGCGCAGCACCAGCGCAGCUACCGCAGGAAGAUGUUCAUCUUCAUCCUCAUCGGCCUCGUCUUCGGGGUCCUGCUCCUGGUCUGGAUCAUCAAAGCCUUCAGAUAGAUAACAGUGAGUUAGCAUACACUAAGAACUAAGCCCAAUUUAAGUCCCUUUCGCUUUACCACCCUCGUCUUAUAAGGGGAUGGGAAGGGAAAGCGGAUUUGACGGUAGAUGCAUAGGAAUGAGAAAUAUC